CCAGUUAUAGCCCUGCCUUUCUCAUCACUAAAAACAGCGACAUUUUAUUGUGCAAAUUAGAAUUUCUUAAUAUAAACUUUAACAAACUGAGCAGUUCUUAGCUCACUAUGUCUUUUAUGAACCCCGUGGAUAUGGUGGAUGAGGACGCCGCCGACCUGCAGUUUCCCAAAGAGUUCGAAAAUGCCGAGACGCUGCUGAUAUCGGAGGUGCACAUGCUUCUCGAUCACCGAAAGCGACAAAACGAAUCCGCCGACGAGGAGCAAGAGUUCUCCGAGGUCUUCAUGAAGACGUACGCCUACACGGAUAGUUUUCGAAAGUUCAAAAACAAGGAGACCAUAAUGUCUGCGCGAAGCUUGCUGAUGCAGAAAAAGCUGCACAAAUUCGAACUGGCGGCACUGGGUAAUUUGUGUCCGGAGGCGCCCGAGGAGGCCAAGGCGCUGAUUCCUUCACUAGAGGGUCGCUUCGAGGAUGAGGAGCUGCGCCAAAUACUCGACGAUAUCGGCACUAAACGCAGCUUACAAUACUAAUUACUACUACGUAUAAAUAUAGUUUAGAUAUAAAGUCAUGGUCCACUUACACAAUAAAGUGAAGAACAGCAAGAAUUUUAAGUAAAUGCAGAAUAUACACUGUAACAAAAAUCAACAAAGUCUAAAUACAAUGUAAUUAUAUCAAACAAAAGAUUUACUUAAAAAAAAGUAUAUAUAAAUUGAAUUUGCCGCUUG